GAGACUUCUGCUGUAGCUCUUGCGCCGAAUCCUGCCUCUUGGUUCCUGCCGAUCUCCACCUUCCCGAGGACAAACCCCCCGACUUCGGACGCCGGUCCCUCGACGCCAUGGCCGCUCUUGGGGAACACAUUACGAAGUUGAUCCGGCAGCAGGCCGGCUGCCUCGCUUGCGAGAGCUUUUACUUGGACCCGGUGCAACUGCCUUGCGGGGCCAGCUUCUGCCGGGCCUGCGUGGAGGAGCUGUCGCCCCCUGUCUGCCCGGAGCCCGACUGCGACGCCACCUUCGACCCGGCUCGCCUGAAGCCCAACCCGACCCUGGCCCGCCUGGUGGGGAUCGUCAAGAAGCUGCUGGAGCAGGAGGAGAGGCGGCAGCGGGAGGCCUCCGCCGGCGGGGCGGCGGGCGGCGAGGCCCCCCGGAAAGACACCCUCUUCUGCAAGCAGCACAGAGCUCUCCUCUCCAAGGCCCGCUACCAGCCCGAAAAUCACCUGGGUCACGACGUGCUCCCCGCGGACAAGGCGGUCCAGGAAUAUCAGGUGCAAAUACGAAAAUGCUUCAGCCAUCUGAAGAACGAGGAAAAAGACAUUCUGUCGAAUAAAAAAAACCUUGAAGUAGACUCUGAAUACUAUAUUAAGCAAAUCAUGCAGACAUGGGAAAAAACAAGCACUGAGUUCAAACAGAUGGAGGCGUUUUUGGAAAAGCAAAAAAAACAACUGCUGGCUCAGGUGACACAGAUGUGUAAGGAAAUUAAAAGGAACAAGGAUCAGCGGAACUAUGCACUCUCCAAGAAACUAUCCCUUCUUCGCAAUACCAUCUAUGAGUUGGAAGACGUGAGCCAGUUGCCACAGUGUCAACUUCUGAAGAACGCUGAAGACGUCCUGCAGAAGUUUGAAGAGAGGGAGACGGUUGAGUGCAGAGGCUCUCUUUGUAUUGACUUUCAGGAAAAGAUCUCCAGCCUGGCUCGUGUCCAAAUGUUUGUGAUUGAUGCAAUGACAAAAUUUAGAGAAAACAUGACAGGUGGAAUAACUGAGCUCGAAGGAUUCCCAUCCCCGAAUCCCAACGGAAUGGCUCUUCCUGUUGUUGGAUCUGAGGAGCCGCAGAUCGGUGGAUCUGAGGAGCCGCAGAUCGGUGGAUCCGAGGAACCGCAGAUCGGUAGCAUCUUAGAUGAAGCUCAGCCCAGCAAUCCAGAGAGUUCCGGCCUUCAGUCUGAGUGAAUGUUACGUUUUGUCAUUUUAUUGCCCUGAGUUUGGUAAAACCUUUCCAAUAAAAUAAUUUCAAAUAAAAA